AAGGAGAACAAAAAUGUUAACAAUGCUUGGCUCCUCGCUAAAUGGUUAUCAACGUAAACACAUUAACAAUCAACUAUAAAAAGUUAAUUAUCACUACAGUGAUGCAAUAGCACAUGAUAACGUUGCUUCAAGGUAUUAUCAAUAUUUAUGGACAAUUUUUUCUCGAUCGAUCAUAUUGUUAUCAAUGUUAUGCAUGGUAUAACAUCAUUAUUAUCACUUUCAAAUUAAUAUUUAGUGUUUUAUGAUACCAUUAUUAACGAUUUCUCGUCAUUUUUUAAUGAAAUCUAUAUAACGUAAACUUUGUUAACGAUGUUGAUUAAAAAAAAAGUUUAGUAGAUGUGGGGUUCUUUUGCAGAUGUUGCUUUCUUUCCUUUCCUAGUCUUGCAUGCAGCAAAAGAAUUUUUUUUUUUUUUACAAUGGCCUGCAGCAAAAGGAGGUGGGUUGAAUGUAUGUUAAAGCUCUACUCUUUGCUUUCUUUCCUUCCCUGGGUCGCAGGCAGCAAAAGAAUGUCGGAGAUGAUGAUGAACUUGCCGUUGCGGGAGGAAUGAGUGAAUAGGGGUGGAAUAGGAUUUGGGGUGGGUAGAUUUCGAAGAGAUGGAAAGAGGGGGAGAGGGAAGGGACGACCGACGGCUGUAGCGGACAAGAUGGUCGGAGAACGUCCUUUGACGAGAAGAGAAACGGUUCGGCUGCGAAUGAGGAAAAAAAAUAACGAGGGUAUAUACACAGUUAGGGUUAUGUUUUUUUAAUUAUUUACAAUUCCCUAAAUACUCUUAAUGACUAAAUAACUAAUAACUCCCUCUAAAUACCUAAAAUUGAAUCAAUCAAUCACAACACUUUAAGAUCCUCCUUAAAAAAGAGAGUUUAAGGACCUGAACUUAGCCCAAGUCGAAUAGAUAAAGGCAAUAACAAUGGAUGUAGUGGCCAGUUGGUGGAACGCAUAAUAAGUAAAAAUUAGCUCUUUAUAAGACCCUUCUUCCGGUUUUGAGUUGAUCCUCUGUUGCUAAUAAGCUAAAGCUAAACCAACAAUAUCCAAAUCCAAGGAAGCCCCCUUCAUCUUAAAUUACUUUUGGAGGAUAGUCACCCGCUAUGAACAUAGAGAUAUAAUUCUGCAAAUGGUUGAUGGUUUAAAUUUUAGGGAAUUACUCUUUUAAUUAUGUAGAUGCAUGUAUAGAUAUUUUGAUUGAUUUACAUACCAUUACCCGGAAAUGGUAUUGCCUGUUUAUGUAAGGUUUUUACAUGGCUUGUAAAAUCAUUUUAUGGGAUACUACAUGUACACGAUAAAAGUAGUUUAAUCAGUCGUUAUACAGGAAAGUAAUGAUAAUUCAUAAGGUGUAGUGUUGCAUGUGUUAAGAAGUGUAACACUCUGUUUCCGAAGGAAGGGAGGAAAAUGGAAGUGAAGGAAAAUUUGGAUGGGAGAGAAAUGGAGAGAAAGGAAAAGUGGAGGGAAAGGGAAAAUGUUGUUUUAUGGAGGAAAGUGAAGGUAAAGGUUAGAGAGAAAAAGUAUAUUGGGAAGUGUGAUAUAUAUGUUAUUUUAUUAGUUAUGUAAUAGUAAAAUAAUUUAAUUAUGUGUUGAUAUCAUUUUCAUUACUUAUUUUAUUACAUAUGUUAUAGUAUGAAUGGUUCCUAAUCGUAGAAAUCCGUUGCCUUUUUCCAGGACUCAAUUCGUUUUUUUUAUUAUUUCUUCUCCUUAAGAAACAUGGAUGAUGAUGAUUUGCGUUGCUAAUUGUUGAAAUCCGUUUCCGUUUCUUCCUGCCUACUUUAGCGAUCUGGGUUCCUAAUCGUAGAAAUCCGUUGCCUUUUCCCAGGACUCAAUUCGUUUUCUUUAUUAUUUCUUCUCCUUAAGAAACAUGGAUGAUGAUGAUUUGUGUUGCUAAUUGUAGAAAUCCGUUUCCGUUUCUUCCUUCGUACUUUAGCGAUCUGGGUUCCUAAUCGUAGAAAUCCGUUGCCUUUUCCCAGGACUCAAUUCGUUUUAUUUAUUAUUUCUUCUCCUUAAGAAACAUGGAUGAUAUCAGGGCAUGCCAAUUGAAAUUUCAACUGGCCGACUUCCUAUGAACUUCUACACAACAAACGAACAGAUCUUUCUCAGUUAAGGGUUUUUGGCUGUUAAUCCUUUCCUAGCACUCUAGGUAACCACCGAACUAGGUUCCAACCUAGAGCUAGAAAGAGUGUUUUUAUAGGGUUCACUUCAGGGAUUAAGGGUUAUCUGAUUUAGGACCUUAAUACUCAUGAAACUUAUAUCUCCAGAGAAGUUGUCUUUUAUGAGAAUGAUUUUCCCUUCAAAAGUCUAGCAAGCAGUGAUGUACCACCUACCCCAACCAAUUGUUCUCUCUUCCCCUCACCACCUUUACCACAUGUUUUUGAUGACUUAUUUUUCCUUCCAAUGUCUUCAUCUCUGCUUAUUUGAAAUUUCAAUUGGCAUGUCCUGUUAGAUGAUGAUGAUUUGCGUUGCUAAUUGUAGAAAUCCGUUUCCUUUUCUCAGGACUCAAUUCGUUUUCUUUAUUCCUUUUUCUCCUCAAGAACCAUGGAUGAUGAUGAUGAUCGCGAAGUCGAUCCAGAUCUCAGCUAAAUCAUUGCUUGGGUUCAACACUCAGUCUUGUAUUUCUUCAUAGUGUAUGGUUUAAUCUUUUUUUUUUUACAUGCACAACGCUGUAUCUGAAGAAGAUUCACAAGAACUUGAAUCCGAUGGUUCUCCUCAAAAGUCUAAUGAUGGUUCUCCUCAAAAGUCUGAUGAUGGUGAUCCUGAUAAUGGGGACUAUGGGAAGCGAAAGUCUGCAGAUUCCAAACAUGCUAGCAAGAUUCUUCUGCGAAUGCCAUCUCUGGAGCUCGAAUGGACAGUUGAUCUUGUGUUGUCCUGUAUAGCAUUCAGGAAGAUCAAUGAGCAUGCUCAAUGGAUUGCUCUUGAUCUCGGUCGUAAAUCGCUCGAUUUUCUGAGUGAUGUAAUGAUUGCUCGAUUUGGCAGGGUUAUUUCUUAUUUGCAGAAAUUUAAUCUUGACCCAAAUACUGCUGAGGCAAUAGCUAAGCUGGAGGAGGAAAGACUGGAUGUUAAAACUGAUAUGCAGAUUGUGGGGGCUGUUGUGAAUGUUCAAGAAUCUCAGGCUACUGCUUUGUGGGAUGUUUUAGGAGGUGGAUUUCGUUACAUCCCUUAUCCUUAUCGUGGUUUGGAUGUUGGUGAAGUAAAUGAAAUAGAACAGACCGAUCCAAGUUUGUCUGCUGAGAGUGUGGAUUUUGAUGGGGAUAAGGUCCGCCAAACGUUGGCUAGUGGUUGUAUUCCUGCUGACUAUGGAUUAACCUUAACGCUCUGUUUGGCAACAAGGGGGUGCAAAUUGCAGGGGGGUGUAAGUUGAGGGGUAAAUUGCUGGGGGGUGCAAAUUGCUGGGGUUGUAAGUGGAGGGGUAAAUUGUUGUUUGGAUGAAAAAGUAGGGGGUGCAAAUAGAGUGAAAAGUAAGUAAUUAUAUUAUUUUAAAGUAGAUUUUAAAAUUUUAAAAUAGAUUUUAAGAUUUAAAAUAUUAUCAUAAAAUAAUAAAAUAAAUAUUACUAUAUAAUAAUAAAUAUACUUUACUAAAAAUAGUUAUUAUAUAAUAAUGCUCAAAUAAUAAUUAAUUAUAACAAUUGUAAUAAUCAUUGAUCGAGCGAUCUCAAAACUCGAAGCUCAACUCGUAACUGGUCAUCCUAUAUAGGGUUUUCGUAUUUAGUUUAAUCUUAAAUUGUCAAACUUAGUCAAACACGUUCGAAUUUGUAAGUUUUAACUAUUUAGUCAAAUAAACUGAGUUAACCAAACAAUUUCUCUCUAUCUUUUCCACAAACACCUCGUAUCUCUAAUUUUCAAUGCAAAUUCGAUUCAACCAAGAGAUCUAGAUUUGACUUGACGAACAUUGAUAAACUUGUUUCCAGAGUCAAAUGGUCAACCCCGAAUAAUGUUUACAUUAAUGA